AUGAUGGUGAAGCUGGGGAUUUUGGUAGCCAUUGCGGUGUUUCUGGAGACGGUCUCUGCGACCUCCCUCGGUGUGGUGUACACAGAGGGAGGUAUGGUGCAGGGCGAGAACAUUCGUCUUGGGUUCCGCCGUCGCAUGGACGUCUUCAGGGGGAUUCCCUUCGCUGACAUCCCUGGAAGGUUUGAGAAACCAAAGCGUCACCCAGGCUGGGACGGUGUUCUGGAGGCCACCGAGUACAAAAAGAGAUGCAUUCAGCUGAAAUUCAUGAAGAGGAUGACCGAUACCAGAGGCAGUGAGGACUGUCUUUACCUGAACAUCUGGGUUCCUCAGGGAUGCUCAGUGUCCACUGGUCUGCCCACUAUGGUCUGGAUCUACGGGGGAGGCUUCCUUGCUGGAAGCUCGAUGGGUGUCGGCUUCCUGGGCCACUAUCUGUACAGCGGGCAGGAGAUUGCAGACCGAGGAAAUGUUAUUGUGGUGACGCUGGGAUACCGCGUGGGCACCAUGGGCUUCCUGAGCACCGGAGAAUCUGACUUACCUGGAAACUAUGGUCUGUGGGACCAGCACGCUGCCAUCGCCUGGGUGAACAGGAACAUCCGCUCGUUCGGAGGAGACCCCGACAACAUCACCGUCUUUGGAGAGUCUGCAGGCGGAGUUAGUGUCAGCUUCCAGACUCUCACUCCCCACAACAAAGGGCUGUUCAAGAGAGCCAUCUCCCAGAGCGGCGACGCCACUUGCUCGUGGGCUAUCAACAGGAACCCCCGCAGGUUCGCUGAGGAGGUUGCUCUGAAGGUCGGCUGCCCCACCGAUCAGACUAUGGCUUCCUGUUUGAAGAUGACUGAUCCUGUGAAGCUUACGCUGGCUGGCUCUAUCAAUAUUACCAGCUCACCCGAUAACCCCAAUGUCUUCAACCUGGUCCUGUCUCCUGUGAUCGACGGCGACUUCGUGCCGGAUGAGCCUUCCAACUUGUUCCAAAAUGCGGCUGAGAUCGACUACAUCGCUGGAAUCAACGACAUGGACGGACACCUCUUCACUGCCAUCGAUGUUCCUUCAAUCAACCGCCCCCUGGUGGAAACCCCUAUCGAGGACAUGAAGAGGCUCCUGGCUUCGUACACUAAGAAGGGCAAGGCUGCUGCCGACCUUGCGUACUCCACAUACACCUCAACCUGGGGCCCAAACCCCAGCAAGGAGACCAUCAAGAAAACUAUUGUGGAAAUUGGAACAGACUUCAUCUUCCUGGUUCCUACUCAGACCGCCCUCUACCUUCAUGCUGCCAACGCCACAACCGGUCGCACCUACUCCUACCUAUUCUCUGAGCCCAGACGUCUGAGCGGCAUUGUCAAGUCCAGCUGGAUGGGAGCCGACCAUGCCGAUGACCUGCAGUACGUGUUCGGAAAGCCUUUCAGCGCACGUCCGUUGUACAGGACUCGCCACCGUGCCGUCUCUUGCUCCAUGAUUGCCUACUGGACCAACUUCGCCAGAACUGGGGACCCCAACAAGGGAGAGUCGAGCGUGCCCGCUACCUGGCCUAAGUUCACCAGCAAUGGACAGCAGUUCCUGGAGAUCAAUUCUAAGAUGGACAACAACAGUGUGGGACAGAAGAUGAGAAUGCCUUACGUGGAUUUCUGGACCAAGGUCCUACCCAACCUUCCCAUGACCAUCUCAGAAUAACAACCUGUGCACCCGCAGUGUGGUCCCAUAG